GUCCAAUCAAUGGAGAGCGCACCUGUCAGUGCUACGGUACGGAGUGAGGCCGCCGGCGUCUUUGUUCUUGAGUGAGAGAAAUAAGAAUUUCUUAAUUUUUACCAAUGAUGGCACCACAGAAAAGGUCUGCUGAAGAAGCAGAAUCUCUGUUAGUUGGAGUACGAUCAAUUGUGUUCGACAUUGAGGGCACUACAACUCCUAUUUCAUUUGUAAAGGAUACACUUUUCCCAUAUGUGAGGAACAACAUUGAUGGCUUUCUCACCAAGAACUUUGAGAAUGCUGAGGUCCAGAAGGCCAUCACUGCCCUCAGAGACUUGGCCACAAAGGAGAAAGAAGAGAAAGUAGAAGGAGCUGUUGAAAUCCCGGGAGGAGAUGCAAGUAAAGAAGAUGUCGUGAAAGCUGUCUCUGAGAAUGUCAAAUGGCAGAUGGAUGGCGACAGAAAAACGACAGAGCUUAAGGCACUGCAGGGAUUGAUAUGGAAAGAUGCUUACGAAUCAAAAGAAGUGAAAGGAGAAUUGUUUGAAGACGUUGGACCGAUGUUGAAGAUGCUGGCAGAGGAAGGAGUACAGUUGUACGUCUUCUCUUCCGGGAGUGUGGAAGCCCAGAAACUGUUGUUUGCCAAUUCCAGUCAAGGGGAUCUCACUGAUGUCUUUUCUGGUCAUUUUGAUACAACAACUGGCAGUAAAACGGAGAGUGCAAGCUACAAAAAGAUUGCAGCUGAAAUUGGAAAUGAACCCAAAGAUAUCCUGUUUUUGACAGAUAUUCCAGAAGAGGCAGAGGCGGCAGUUGCGGGAGGUUUGAGGAGUGCACUGGUGAUCCGACCUGGCAAUGCUGACUUGACAGACGAACAUCUCCAAAACUUUGCGUGCAUCGAAAGAUUUGACGAGCUUUAUGGAGAUGAAGAUGAUGAGGAUGACAUUAAGCGUUUUGCGGGUGACAACGGUGAAGCAGAUGAUGAUGAUGAUGAUGAAGAUGAGGGUGAUGAGGAUGAUGAAGAGGGAGAGGGGGACAAUGAUGAUGACGAUGAAAAUCCUGAUGAUAUCUAAAUACUGAAUUAGAAAGUAGUAUGUUUGUGUGUAUGUGUGCAUGAUCUGUUUAUUCAGUAGAAAGUGAAAGGCGAUGUGGUGGUGAGGGACAGGAAGCAGUUUUGUGUAUGAUAACCAUUGAUUACAAGAUUAGUACAAAGACAAUUGUCAGUUCUUUUGUUUUUAGCAGCAUGAUGAGAUACCUCAAAGAUGUUUCUAAACAGUUUUACUUUUCUCCAAGUCAGAAGUUGUUAGAGAAUAAAAUUUAAAGCAGAGAUAUUUUUCUCCCCCACCACAGUCAGAAAGGACAAUCAGUGGAAAUCUGAAGGAAUUGAUCUCACUCUUGUCUACCUUGUUUGCUAGGUUCUUGAGGUUUGUGUUUCCCAUUCAGUCAUUGAAAUCUCCAAUUAUUUUAUAUUGUAAAGUUCCCUCAUCAUGACAUGUAAACUUUUUGAUAUUGUAAGCAUUUAAUGAUUGUAUUUAUUUUAUUUGUUUUCAUUUCACCUGUUUCUGUCUCUUUUCAGUCAGUCUGUCUGUCUGUCUCUAAAAUUUUCUAUUUUAAAGACAAUGAAAAUCUGUUUUAUACAUCUCUUGUCCCUAGUCAGGUUUGGGUAACCCUUGGACUUGAGAAAGGAAAACCAAAUGUCUACAGUUCAUAUCUCCAGGCAUCUUUAUUAGGAGGUUGUUCCAGGAAAAAGUCAGAUCAUUACCAUUUAGAAUAUGCUGGUUUUUCCGUUCCAUAUCAAUGGUACAUGUGCAAUGAAAUGUGGUGCUUAUGUUUGUGCAGAGAUAGUCAACCUUGGCAGCUCUUCUUGUUUCGUGAAACUUUCCAGUUUUGAUGAAAUGAAAUAAUCUCUGAGGACAGCAAGUUUUUGUCUCCUUCACCUCUCUCGUUGUCUUUGCCAGUUGUUUUUACGCUGCCACGUUGUUUUACUACAAGUUUUUUUAAUUCUUGAAAAUUUACAGUUUUUGUAAAUAAUCAUUGAUGGAUAUUCGCAGCAAGUUUUAUCUGAAUUUUGUUUUCAUUUACUGUGUAAUUUUCCAAAUGCAAUUGUGAGAGUAGUGAUGCGGUGAACAUUACUUAGAAAGGUUUGGGUCAGUUGUUAGUUUUUUGCAUCAAUGAACUCAGAAUAUGAUGCUCAUGUUUAGGAAAAAAGUUUCUAUGAUACUUGUUAUUUUUGUUGUUGUUGUUGAUCACUUGUUUUCCGUUACGUCUCAUAUUGCAUUGUUUCAUCAUUGUCAUUUUCUUUUUUUUUCUUUCUUUUUUUUAAUUUAAUGUACAUACACAUUUUUAAGAUAUGAGCAGACCAUUACAUCAUUUCAGUCCCAAAAUCAAAAUGUGGAAUCAUUGGUCAGACCAGAAGUUGUUCCUAUGUACCCAUGUCAUUUCCAUGCCCUUGUGGACUACACAAAACCAUUGCACAUUUGUAAUAAUCCAAUGUAUGAUUUUGUCAUCUCCUCACACAAUUUCUUCCUUCUUUUUAUAUUGGGUCAGAGCAAAGGCACCUGAAAGCUGUUCUAAAGUUCCCACUUGUGUUCUAUUGCAUGUCCUUGUUUUAGAGGAUCCAUGUUACAGAAAGAAAUCUCAGUCUUGUAAUUUGAUCAACUGGUCAAGUCUUUUCUUUUUGUUUUGUUAUGGUGCUGUUUAUUUAUGAAUAAUAAAUCUUGACAAUGAAAUUUGUUCCGUUUCGGGCUUUAUUUAUACAAUGAAGUGGCCUCUGUAUGCUCACUGAAAAGCUCCCAAAGUUUUAGACCACAAUCCUGCGUGGUAUGUUUACUUUUUCGAGUGUUUCCCUAGGUUCUGGAAAGCUUGGGAUUUUUGUUUGUUUGUUUAGUUUUGUUUGUUCUCAGUCAUCAUAUCCUUAUGUGUUUAUAUGACCAUGAACAAAUUACAUUGUAGUUUCAUACAUCAA